UUCCCAAGGUGAAAGAAGCAGCUGCCUUCGGCCCUCUCCUGGCACAGAGGAAAGUUCCAGUGACAAGACCAGAACAAGAAGUUGAUUGCAGCUUCAGUCGAGGGGUCUGUGACUGGAAGCAAGAUGCUGAUGAUGACUUUGACUGGAAUCCUGCUGAUCGAGAUAGAGGCGAUGGGUACUACAUGGCAGUUCCAGCUUUUGUGGGGCACAAGAAUGAUAUGGGGCGUCUAAAACUUCUCCUCACCGACCUCAAACCAAGGAGCAGCUACUGCUUGACUUUCAGUUAUCGGCUUGCUGGCGAGAGAGUGGGGAAACUUCGAGUAUUCCUGGCAAACAAAAAAACUGCUCCUGUCUGGGAGCAGAACAAAGGAGAAGAUGAAAGGUGGAGAACGGGGAAAAUAGAGCUAUUUCAGGGAGCUGAAACAACUAACAGUGUCACUUUUGAAUCAGAACGUGGGAAGGGCAAAACUGGAGAAAUUGGAGUGGACAAUGUUAUACUAAUUUCUGGUCUAUGCCCAGAAGAUACCUGAUACUGGAUAUUUGAGUAUACUGGAUUUAAUCCUAUUCUUAAUAUUUGCCAUACUAGUAGUGCAUUUUUUAUCAUUUUCUUUAUAAAAAAACCCAAAACCAUAAAAACUGUGCCUUGAACUUAAUGCACCAAUGCAAACAGAGAAACUGACAUGUGCAAGAUGCAGAGUACACUUUUUUAUGAGUUAUUCUAAUUCUAAUACACACUUCGAGUGUAGCACUACUGUAUUUUAUAAUUCAAGGUCAGGGUUUCUAAAGUAUUAUUUGCCUAGCUUUUUUUCCUAAUUCUACGUGCUUUUAUUCCUUAAAGCUCUUUCAAGGCUAUUCUUAAGUCUUCUAUUUCA